AUGUUCGGAACCAUAACCGUUGUGGACGAUGAUCUAACCGAAAGCCACGAGCUCGGUUCAGCAGUUAUAGGGAAAGCUCAAGGGUUUUACCUAGCUAGUUCAUUGGAUGGGACUAGCCAGACUCUUUCUUUAACCGUAUUGCUACACGGAGAGCAUGAUCAUCAUGACAGUUUAGAUGAUGCUAUUAGUUUCUUUGGAGUUCAUAGGACCGCCUCACAUGCCUCUCAGAUAGCGGUUAUUGGCGGGACAGGCAGGUUUGAGAAUGCUAAAGGGUAUGCCAUAGUGGAAACUCGUCAUAACCAGAACAAGCAACAUAUUACUGAUGUCCAUUUCAGUGUAUACCUCACUUACAAAGCUUGA